GAGAACAGGAGGGGGAUUUCCAGCUCGAGUCCCCUCUCCCGAGGCUGCUGUUGUUUUGCUUUCGGUCUGGACCCAGAAACACAAAUACAGGACGGCCUCACUUUCUCUUUUCAACUUCAAACUACAAAUACAUUAAGUUGUUAACUCCGGCUGUGCGUGCUGACUCCUACAGUAGGACUGUGAAGCUCCAGGCCGCCACACUGAGCAGGACAAGAUGCCAGUUGAGAGAAUGAGGAUGCGGCCGUGGCUGGAGGAACAGAUCAACUCUUGUCAAAUACCAGGGCUGAAAUGGGUCAACAAAGAGAAGAGAAUCUUCCAGAUCCCAUGGAUGCAUGCUGCUCGACACGGUUGGGACCUGGAGAAAGACGCUCCGCUCUUCAUGAGAUGGGCCAUACACACUGGUAAAUUUCAGCCAGGCACAGACCGCCCAGAUCCAAAGACAUGGAAGGCUAAUUUCCGUUGUGCCAUGAACAGCCUGCCAGACAUCGAGGAGGUGAAGGACAAAAGCAUCAAAAAGGGAACCAACGCCUUCAGAGUAUACAAGAUGCUCUCCUCCUCAGAGAGGAGCAUGAAGAAAGGAAAGAAAAAGGCAGACAAGGAAGGGAAAGCCAGAGGAAGUAAAGAGGACGGGUCUUCAUCUCCAGACAGGACUCCCUCUGAUAUCGGAGCUAUCGACUACACCUCACAUGAAGCGAUCAAACAGGAAGUGGUGGAGACAAUAAUAACAGACAGUGCCUCAGCCAUCCACAGUUCAGUAGACGACCACGUGAUCACCAGCGAGCAACUCCCGUUCGUCUGCCAGACGAUUGAAGUGACAACCGAGAAUGAAGAGCAGACUGUUAGCUCCUCCCACUCGUAUCCACUUCAGAUCUCUCCUGUGUCAUCGUACUGCGGCAGCGACACAGACAGCGACACAGAAGACACCAAAGAGGGUGUCGGUGCAUUCUUGAGGCGGGACUACAACACAUCAGUUCUCAGGGUUCCCUCGUACUCCCUCCCCGGCAUGGCCACUUUCGUCACUGGUAGCAAGCCAAACUUCAGGGUCACCAGCACUCGAGACCCAGCCCCCCUUAUCAGCUACCACACAGAGGGCUGGAUGCCGGCCUACAGCCCGAACUCUCUCAUGUCUGCCACGAGCAGCCACACCCAUGAGAUGCGCGCAAGUGUCAUAAUGAAAACCUCUGACAUCACAUCCUCCUGACCUCUGACCCCAGACGAUGGCGUAUCAUCACUGCAUCCAGAACAUAGGAAUGACAGGAACUGUUUGACUUCUUCAUCAGGGGCUGCAUGGAGCCUAAAGAGGUGGAGUUUCAGACACUCUUUGAUUUUAUCGUAGCUUCAGUCAGGGAAAUUCAUUUUCCCGUUUUUACUUUCAAUUGGUGACGGUCGCUAUCGUUUGACCCCCAAAUUAAUUUUCCUCUGCGUCUUUAAGGACCAGGGUCAGUGCGAUGUAAAUUAAGAGAGAAUGAAUGGUGACCCUUGUGCUUCAUUUGACCUUCUACACCCUUUAAUCACCCCGGUGUCACUGGUCCAUUUUUCUUCAGCUACUUGGUGCUAACACUUGAGCUGCCUACGUUUCGUCAAAGAUAAAGAUUAUCCUACUUUUAUUAAGGAGAAGGAAAAAAGUUUGAUUUAAGAAAUUAGUAUUGCUUUUUAUUGCACAACCUGUAAAUAAGUACUUUAGAUGAGAACUUCCCCGAGCUGUAAGAUUGAAACUUUGUCUUAAUUUAAAUCUAAAGUGUAAUUAAAAGUAAUUUCUAAAUGACUCCACUGCAGCCUGCAGUCGUGUUAAACACUGGCUCCUUAACUAUUCACUGCUGUGUACCAAAACCAUUCCCACUGCAGAUACUAGCAGUAAAUUGGACCACCUCACCUAUAAUUACAACAACAAUAAUUAAUAAUUAAUAAUGAUAAUGAUUUGGUCCCUGAACUAGCUGUGUUUCUCUCUAAAGACUUCACCACCAUUUUAAGGUAACUAUUUUACCUUCAUACUAAAAUAUACUUAGCUUAAGUGUUAGCAUCAUUGCACUAAAUUCUUUACCACGACACAUGAAAUGAACAAAGACCGUUUUUAACCCUGAAGAGCAUCAGUGUGCAUACCAGAGCACCGAAUAUGAACUUUGAGGAGCAACUAGAUCUGUCGAUAAACCAGAUUCACCGGCAGGAGAUGCAAAUGAAUCAAAGACUGUUUGAUGAACUUAAAGAUAGACAAUCAUUGCAAAGCCCUGAUUGGCCCUGCAGUGGAAAGCAGGUGUGUGUGUGUGUGUGUGUGUGUGUGUGUGUGUGCGUGUGCGUGUGCGUGUGUGUCUCUGUCUGUUAGUCUGGAGACCUCAGGAUAAUGUACCCAACAACACAGACAGACAAACAGACAGAGAGAAUGACCGACUCACUGACAGACAGACGGACCGACUGUGAACAAUGUGUGCAUGUUUUCUCCUCUCUUCUUCCUCCUGCUGUUAAUAAUGUACAUAGCUCGUGUAUGUAUGUAUGCCUGCAAGCUGCUUCAGCACCUUACAGACCCAAGUGUGUGUGUGUGUGUUAAUGAGUGUGUGUGUGUUUGAGAGGGGGGGGGGCUUGUUGAAGAUAUGUGCCUUUUACAGAGUGCAGUUGGAUCAAACUAUCUGUGCUUUACUCUGCUAGUGACACACAGCUCUCUUUCUGGACUGAGACAGCUGGCAGUGUUCAGAUCAUGGAGUGAGACGGCCUCUUAAUUCUGCACAUUUAACGUAAUAUCUCUCUGUGACGAUAAGAAGAAGGGAGUGUGGACUUCAGAUACACCCCAGAGGACUGUGUUAGCAGCAGGCACUUCACUCUAUUGUUUUUAAGUCACCCUUGUUCUUACAGUCUUAGCUCUAAAACUUCCCGUUCUCCUCUUGACCUUAGUGCAUGGAUGACAUUGCACAUGUUGUGUCUCCGUUCACACCAGUUUAAAGACAGAAGCCUCUCGCCUUAAAUGAUUGUUUGGAUUCUUUGUGGUCCAGAGCAGAAGUUUGCAAAGUCUGAUUAAAACAGCAACAAGAGGAAGAUAUUCCUUGUUUGUGUUGUCGUCAUAGGCACAGUUUGAAGUAUUACUGUGGGGGUUCACAAGAAAUAUAAAAUGUUGAAUUCGUUAUAGAGGCUUCCCUUUGCAAAAACAAAAAACAAGACACCAGAAGACACAAUUAGCAUAUAAGAGGACCUGUUUACAUCAACACAACGUGAAAGCCCAAAUAUGUAUGAUCGAAGAGUUCAUUUGCAAUAACAAAUAACUCCGUUUUUAACAUUUUCAAAAAACAAAUUUACUUUUAAUAUACAUUUUAAAUAAAUUUACAUUUUUUACGAAGCUUCUAACUGGUAAUGUCACAUUGAUUUACUCAUAGCCUUCCAACUUCAGUUGGGUGAUAAUACCUAAAGCUAGUAAUAGAAAAAAUAAGUUUUUUGAAAAAUUUUGAAAACUGAGUUAUCUGGUUUUGCAAAUUAACUCUUCAAUUGAAACUUCCCGUCUGUGUUGCUGCUCUCAUGUUAGUGCCUGUUUGAGAAAAUGUUGAGGUGCCAAUAAAAGUCUGAUAUUCCUGUUUACGAAAUGAAAUACUGGUGUGCAUUUUGAGAUUAAAUCUCUGUGAGCUCAGGUUUAAA